CGCCUCUCCUUCCGGCCUCUGAAGCGAAUGGGAGCGGCGGUGGCGGUUUCGACUUGAAGCCUCCUCCUGUUUCUGUGUCCCCUGUGUUUUAUGCGGGAGGUGCAACGAAGCGGCGGUGGGUGCGCCAGGCUGAAGGGAAGCCAUGAAGCUUCCUCCCCACUUUCUCUUCCUCUUCCUGGUGACGAGGGAGCCCGCCUUGGGCCACCGAGUGGAGCGGCUGGAAUCUGUUCUCUCAGACUAUGAUAUUAUUUCGCUGUCCAACAUCCAACAGCAUUCAUUAAAAAGAAGAGACCUGCAGCCCGAAUCUCAUAUGGAAAAACUGCUCAGUUUUUCAGCAUUGCAUAGACAUUUUAAAUUAUACUUAACUUCAUCACCAGAACACUUCUCAAAAAACAUUCAAGCUUUUACAGUGGAUGGCCAUGGCAAAGAGAAAAAAUAUCAAAUACAAUGGCAAGAAUUUUUCACAGGACAUGUUGUAGGUCAGAGUAAUUCUAAGGUUAUAGCACACAUAGGUGAUGACGAUGUCACACUGAGGAUUAAUACCAAUGAAGAAGAAUACAAUAUAGAGCCCCUGUGGAGGUUUCUCAAUGAUACGCAAGAUAGAAGACUUUUGGUCUACAGAUCAGAAGACAUCAAGGACUUCUCACGAUUACAGUCCCCCAAAGUUUGUGGCUAUGUUAAAUUGGAAGAAGAGGAAGGGCUUUUGUUUGGAGGAUUAAAGGAUGAAAAAUUGAGCAAACGUGAGCAUCCAGUGAAUGUCCCUCGGAAAAAAAGAGCUAUCCCAGAUCCUUUGAAGAACACCUGCAAGAUCUUGGUAGUGGCUGACCAUCGCUUCUUUAAACACAUGGGUCGCAGUGAGGAAAGUACUACAAUUAACUACUUAAUUGAAUUAAUAGACAGGGUGGAUGAUAUCUAUCGUAAUACUUCGUGGGAUAAUGCGAACUUCAAAGGCUAUGGCAUACAGAUAGAUCAGAUUAUUGUUCACAGUGAGCCAAAAAAGGUGCGACCAGGGGAAAAACAUUAUAAUAUGGAAAAAAGCUUUCCAAAUGCAAAUCAGGAUGCUUGGGAGGUGAAGCUGCUCCUGGAGCAAUUCAGCUUAGAUAUAGCUGAAAAAGCAGCCAAGGUAUGCCUUGCCCACCUCUUCACUUACCAAGAUUUUGACAUGGGUACCCUUGGACUGGCGUAUGUUGGAUCUCAGAGGCCAAACAGCCAUGGUGGCAUCUGUCCAAAGGCAUAUUCUAAUUCAGCAAAUGGAAAAGACAUGUAUCUCAACAGUGGCUUAACUAGCACAAAGAACUACGGCAAAACUAUCCUCACCAAGGAAGCUGACUUAGUUACUACUCAUGAACUGGGACAUAAUUUUGGCGCAGAGCAUGAUCCUGAUGGCAUGCCAGAAUGUGCUCCUACAGAAGACCAGGGAGGGAAAUAUGUUAUGUACCCAAUUGCCGUGAGCGGAGAUCAUGAAAACAACAAGAUGUUUUCAAACUGCAGUAAAGUAUCUAUACUUCGUACCAUUGAGACCAAAGCCCCAGAAUGCUUCAAGGAGCGCAGCAACAAAGUAUGUGGCAACUCUAGAGUUGACGAAGGCGAGGAAUGCGACCCUGGCCUAUUGCGUCUGUAUGAGGAUCCCUGCUGCACAUCAGACUGCAUGCUACGGCAGAAUGCAACUUGCAGUGAUAGGAACAGUCCCUGUUGUAAGGGCUGCCAGUUUGAAACUGCACAGAAGAAGUGCCAGGAAGCCAUUAAUGCUACCUGUAAAGGAGAAUCCUACUGUACAGGAAAUAGCAGUGACUGUCCUCUUCCGGGGAAUGCUCCUGAUGACACCAUCUGUGUGGAUUUGGGCAUGUGCAAAGAUGGGGAAUGCGUACCCUUCUGUGAGAGGGCAAAAAACUUGCGUUCAUGUGCCUGUAAUGAAACGGAUGAUUCCUGCAAGGUCUGCUGUCGAGAUGAAUAUGGAAGAUGUAGCCCUUACCUUGAUGAUGACCAGAAUUUCCUAUACUUGAGGAAAGGAAAGCCCUGCACUGUAGGGUUUUGUGACAGUAAUGGCAAAUGUGAAAAACGUGUGCAAGAUGUGAUUGAACGACUUUGGGAUUUCAUUGAUCAACUUAGUAUCAAUACAUUUGGAAAAUUCUUAGCAGACAACAUUGUAGGAUCUGUGCUUGUAUUCUCCUUACUAUUUUGGAUUCCUCUAAGUAUCCUUGUGCACUGUGUGGACCAGAAGCUGGAUAGACAGUACGAAGAGAACAACAAAAAUUUGUUUGGUCCCAGUAAUGCGGAGAUGUUGAGCAGCAUGGACUCGGCCUCUAUUCGCAUCAUCAAGCCCAACCCGGCCAUGCCCUCUACCAGUCGGCACCAGCCCCUGCAGCCCCUUGUCCCAGCCGCUGUCCUCCCCGUGCCCCCGAAACUGGAUCACCAGAGGAUGUACACAAUCCAAGAAGAUCCAAGUACCGACUCUCAUAUCGGGGAGGAGGAGGAGGGUCCUUUUGAGAAAGACCCCUUCCCGAACAACAGCACCACGGCCAAGUCCUUUGAGGAUCUGACGGACCACCCUAUCACCCGGAGCGAGAAAGCGUCGUCUUUCAAGCUGCAGCGCCAACAUCGAGUGGACAGCAAGGAAACAGAGUGCUAGCCCUCGCUGCCCAUUGAGCCCUUGACUCUGAUGUGCACAAUCACGUUCAGCCAAUUGACCCCAUGCCAUUUCAGUAGAAAGAUCAUUUAUAUGUAUGUAUGUUUGUGUGUUUGUAUAUAUGUAUGUGUAUACGGAAAUGACAAACGGGGAAGUGACUUACUGCAGAUGCUGGCCAUGUGUAUGAUCUUCCUUGGUUUCCAUAUCAAUGAUGCCUAAAAACAUAUCCAAGUCAAGUCUCAAAUUCACUGAACCCUUUGGAACAUAAUUCUAUAGUUUGGAUAAGCAUAAAUCUACCUGUUUAUAAUGUGCCUUGGGCAGCACUGCUAAGACAGUGUUUUCCUUUAUUUGAUAAAAAUCCAAAAAAGGUGAACCAUUCUUGUAUUUGAGCGUUCUGAAUUUAGAGUGUACAGUUAAAGCAAUCAGUAUUUUCUUUUUUUAAGUGAUGGACAUUUUGAUAUAAUGGAAACUUAACAAAGGUAGUGGGAUUUGAGCUAAAUCUAAAGAGAGCAAUAAAUUACUUAAAAUAUGCAUCUCAGGGCUGGAAUGUUUUUUGUUGUCCUUUGAAGUAAGGCUUUUUCAUCACACAGUGUUUACCCACAAUCCAGUGGAUACCUGAGCAACCCGAAAUUUCAUAUAUUUUUUUAGCAAGUCUUAGGUAUGCCAUACCACUCCACUGGCAUUUCGUAAUAAGUGAAAAAAAAUAUUUUAUUUUCACUUCUUCAGCUUUGCUGAAAAAUAGUAUUAUUCCAGCAGUUAAGCAAACACCUAACUUCUCAAACAUGAGAGGUAAAAGUGUGAUGUUCAUCAUGGCUUUCAUAAUGUAAAUCUAAACAUAUCAAACUUUGUAAAUUUUUCAUUUGAAAGAAUAUAGAUGUGAAUUGUACAGCGUGUAUGCUUGUUUGCAAUAAUGAUUGUUUCAGUGAAGAAUAACACAGGAAUUCUGCUUGUUGGGUUAUAUAUAUUUUAAGCAGUGAGACGGUUCUGAUUGAUUUUUAGGGACCUAAAAGCAGUAACUUUCUACUGUAUACGUUUCUUUCUACCCUUUGCUUUUAUGUGGUGGGGGGAAUGAUCUGACAUGGGACACAUCUGUUCUCUAGAUUGGUUCCAAAGAUUAUUGAAAUGGGCCACAACAGUGUCAAAAGGGUGGCUUUACUUCUGUUUCAGUAGCCACUUCAUUACAUAAUCAUGUCUUACAUUACAUUUGAUUAGCAUUAAGUAAUGUUUAUAGCCUUCUGAUGAAACAUCCCCUCUUAUUACAAAAAACCUUUCAUAUCUAUUGGAGAUCAACCAAACCUGUGACAAAUGUGCAUUUUUUAUGGAUACUUGUUACAUGAAUACUUGAAUCUGUGCCUUCUUGCUAUUUGUACCUAUAGAUUGGUAAUGUUUAGAUUUCAUACCUAUCAGUAAACUUUGUGCAGAGUGGUAGCACUCACUGCAAUAUAUUAAAAUGUUUUUAUACGUA